AUGUCUCAUCACAACUUUGGCUCCGUUCUCGGCCCAGUCGCGAGCUCUGCUAUGCCUUCCGGCGGGCCGCAAAUCAUACGCGAGGAGCAAGCACUGGGGUUAAAGGCUAUUUAUGCUGCUUGCCGCAUUCUAUAUCCGGAUCAACCCACACCUUUGCAAGUGACUGCACUGCGCAAAUUCUGGAUGGGUGGUCCUGAUCCGCUAGAUUUCAUCAACAUGUACUCUAACCCCGGCUCACCCGAGCUUGGAAGUCCAGCCCAUUGGCACUACGUCACCAAUGGAUUGUCAGAUUUGUAUGGCGAUUCGCGUCUACACAGCCAAUGUACCUCAACUGACGAUCCAAGCGGCUUUGGAUUUGAACUUACUCUGCGCGUUCGACGCGAUCCUAGUGAACUUAAUCCACCAACAUGGCCCGCACAUCUUCUCCAAAGUUUGGCGCGUUAUGUUUUCCAUUCCCAAGCACAACUGAUGGUCGGUGAUCAUAUCCCGUGGCCAUCCGCACUGGAUAAACCUCCAUCAGCCGCUCAGAACAGCACUAAUUUUGGUCGAUCAGAUACCGGCGAGGCAGAUGCUCAGUCUAUCGCAAUGGCUGCAGCUGCGACUGCCGCCUCAUUUCUCGCAUCAAAAUCCGGUGGUCUCAGUCCCGCCACAGGUGCUUUGUCAAAUCCAUCAACCUAUGCAUCCAUGGUAGCUGCUGCUCUUGCCGCUGUCAAUUCAACAAACAAGGACAGAGAUACGACACGUAGCGGUGUUGGAAAGUCGACCAAGGCAGACAGUGGAUCCCGUAUACGUCACAUGCUUCUGAUUGAAGACCCACAGCUGAAGAGGAUUACUACACCCUAUGGUUAUGUCCAAUUCCUUCAACUUGUCGGUCUUUGUGAUGAAGAGUUACGUCUAGUUCAGCGCUGGACAGGUUCACACGUGGCCGAAUUGAUGCGUCGACUUCCGGAUACCGGAGGAGGGCUUCUCGUAACUGACAUGCGACGCAAGCUCAGUCUCUUUGAACUGGAACCACAGUUGUUUGAUUAUGUGAACGAGCAUUUACGUCGUGAGGGUUCGAAUCUCUCCGGUGUGACCACACAGUAUUUUGCUUGGGCUCCGAUCUCAUUGAGCACCCUAGCCGAAUUGUUACCAGGUGAGGCAGAAGCACGUCGACUUCAACAGUCGGUCAAGCACCCCACCAGAUCCGACCAUAUGUCAAGCAGUGCUCAUGCAACCGUGGAUCGUUUAUGUCAAUCCACCCAACGUGCAGAUGAUUCAUGCUUACCGACCGAUUUGAGCAUGCCCCGAUCUUCCGAACCCGGUUCAAGAUCACAGCACUCACCAGGACCUACUGCUAUGGACACUGAUGAAACAGUCGUAUCAUCGUCUGCAGUAACGAGAAAACCAGUGGACGACGAUGAGUUUGUCGAUGUCGUGGGAGACAGUGGACCUCCAUCUGUGCUAGAUAGUAAAAACCCGUCAACUGAUUUAAAAGAUACAAACCGCGUCCGGGAAAAUGUUCCAUCCACUUCAGAUGAUCCAGUCGGCUCUGCGGGAGAAGUUAGUUCCGGAACGUCUCUUACUCACAGUGCAUCUAAAAUGGUGGACACACAGUCCACCAGUGCACCUGGUGGUUUUUCUCCCUGGUGUGGUCGCCUUGAUUCCACAGGCUCAAGGAACCAGGCAGGGGCAAUCCUGCUGCCAGACGAUUUUCUGGAACGACUGGAAUUUCAAUUUUCUUGUCUCAUGUACCCUGACGAUUUGCAACUUCCGCUAGUUUUUCGCUGGCCUGAACGCCACCUUCGCAUUUGUCUGGUCGAUCCAAGUCCUAAACCACACCCCGCGCCCAAUUUUUACGCGUCAACUGGAGAGUGGAAUACGAAUCCUCUGCUUCCUAAGGCAAUGGCUUUAUCCAUUCCGGAUGCACAUGCGACACGGGAUGGCACAGGACCUUCGACCGACUCCUCCAUUCUAACACCGAACAAACAAUUCCCACGAACUACUUCAAUGCCCUCCAGUGGCGCUCAGGAACACAUGAAUUCACCAACGAAUUUACCGGCACUGUGCCCAUCUACGUUGUCUCUAUUUCCUCCAGGGUUCAUUCCUCCGCCACCACCGGUACUUGCUGCAAUGCUUACGGGACCGCAUGUAGACCAGCGUCCGAUUCCCGGUACCCAAACGGCUGCCUUAUCAGCCAUGCAGUCCCACGGACUUUCGACCAUGACAUACCCAGGCACGGAUGGGCACAUACCAGGCAUGCGUUAUCCCGUACCCUCAUCCAAUCCGCCACAAUGA